AUGCCUUCCAAACGACCCGGAAAGCGACGCGCUAACUACGAUGAAUUCAUUGCCUCGCCGCCGCCAACCCCUACCUCUGGUCCUCCCCCGGAAACCCUCCAGGAGAGACACUCUGAGUACGCACCAAGGCAGCGGGUAGCACACAGCUUCCUCACCAUCCCUUAUGACUAUGAUCCGACCUCUGAAACUGUUAGCCCUGGACCGCUGGGUACCGCUGACAGUAGCGCCACACCGCCAGUGCCCAGCCUUAGCACUGAUGAUGAUGGCGAUGCAACCGCUUCAGCCGAGGACUCUACACGAGAACUCGAGGUCGUUGGGCUAGCGGCGGAAGUAAAUGAUGCCAGGAACCCCAAGAAACGUCAGCGGACCCAGGCUGACCAUCCGCUGCUCCUCUGGGUGCCUCAUAUUGAGGAGUACGUCUCUGAGUUCCUGCGCCUCGAGGGCCACAGAGAUUCCACAAAUCAGACCGUCUGCGCCAUGGAGAACUGCAGCGCUGACAUCAUGCUGUCCUGCCCUGGGUUCCGCUGCCUUGAUUGUCAAGUGCGCAGCCUUCUGUGGGUCUUCAUGUUGUAUCUAGUCGGAAAGACCAUUGAAUUGUUGAAGAAAUGGACCGGAAAAUACUUUGAAAAGACUUCGUUGAAGGAAAUCAGAUUUCGAGUGCAACUUGGACACUCAGUGGACGGGCUGUGCCUGCUUCCCGAACGUGCCAUCGAUGACAGCUUUGUCAUUAUUGAUUCCGAUGGCGUACACGAAGUGGGUCUGGAUUUUUGUGGGUGCCAACAAUCUAUGCCAAAGACAAUUCAACUCCUUCGUGCACAAUUGUUUCCCUCAACAACCACGUACCCAAACACUGCCGCCACCUUCCGUGUCCUGGAGACAUUCCAAAUGCUAGGUUUCACUUCAAAGAUUUCUGGAUUUGAAUUCUACCAAGCACUUGCCCAAAGAACUGACAGUACCGGCACGGCCACUCCUCCAGACCGUUAUCAAGCUUUUAUGCGGAUGGCACGUGAAUGGCGUCAUGUCCGUCUAAUGAAACGCUUCACCCAGGGACAUGAUCUGACAGGAGUUCAAGGCACCAAGGAAGGAGAGUGCGCUGUCGUUUGCCCUGCUUGCCCAUUGCCAGGGGUGAAUCUACCAGAGAACUGGGAACAACAACCAGCCAAAGAGCAGUGGCUCUAUUCUUUGUUUGUUGGCAUCGAUGCCAACUUCCGACUGAAACGCAUGAAUGUUUCGAGCGACGAGCGGGACCCUGGCCUGAACCGCGGUUACACUUACAUGGUUGAGAACACAAAGUAUGAGGCCUACCUUCGGGAAUACGGCGAAGCAAUCCAGGAAGAGAAGAGCAACUGUCACAAUCAUGACGCCAUCAAGUCUGCUAAUAUCCACGGAGGGAGAGGCACAGCAGCCAGCGGGUUGGGCACUGUUGAGUGUAGCCGGCACGACAUGAAGCGACCAGUAUCUGUCGGUGAUUUGCAGAAGGGGGAACAUUAUGUUAACAUGGACUACUUCUUCUUAUCUGGCCUGCGAGGGAACACCCUCUCACGCAUUAUGGUCUCCUACGAUAUAGCGUGUCAAUGGUCCAAGAAACUCCAAGAAUGA